AUGGAAUCACCAGCAGAAACAACAGAAGAACCAUCAGCAGAGCCACCAGCUGAGGUUGUACAACAUACAUCACCAGAACCAGUACCAGAUACUAUCGACGAUGAACAAAACAGACCUGAAGAUGAAGAUCAACUGCGACCAUCGAGAACACGACAAGCACCCCAAUGGAUACAACGUGGUGAGUAUGUCCUAACACAGCAGAUUCCCAGAUUUCAAAGGCUAGCAGAUUUGGCAAGAUCUCUAUUGCCUGUGGAUUUUGCUACACUAGCACCAGAGCGACUAAGGAUUGUGUUAGAGAUGUUACCAACGUUGUGUAAAUCUAUAUUUCCAGAAGAAUUUUUAUGA